UGUCUUAACUGCCCCAGUUCCACACAUCAAAACCAAAACGGAAGCAAACCAGUGACAUAUAGAUGAUUGAAUUUUAUGAGAAUUGUGAAUAUGCGUUUUGGAAGCAAGUUCUAACAUAUCAUUUAUAAAUACAGGACGCUUUCCUGGCUAUUGUUUUAGGCUAUAUUGUUGAACGGUCUCCUGACAUGUUUUCCUUUGUCUUCUCUGCUAGUAUUUUGUCGUUAAAAUAAACCUAUAGGCGGGAACAUGCGCUGAAUCUAUACGUGAUCACAGCAGAGCUGCAGUAUGCGUCGUGGAUUUGGGAUUAAGGGUUAAGCCGUGCGUGUUUUCCGUGAGCAUGUGACGCAGACACGCCAGACAAGGCCUCGGUUACGACCACUGCAGUGGAGGGGAAGGGGAAGGUGAAUUGGGCAACAGCGACCUCCGUGGGCAAUGAGACCGGAUGCUUCCGCUGCGCAAUAGUGGCUCAGACAAAAGGAGGGGAAGGGCUUUAUGGCGAAAUUUAGAUCCGCCAGACAGGCUGUUAUCUGCAGAGGCAAAAGAAGUGAAUAGCCCCUGCGGUAAACCGGGUGAAAAAAACACCCUGAUUUAGGUUUACAGCCUGAGAGCCAUUGGCAAAGUGCCGUCUUUUCCUGCUCUGAAGGUGUUUGUCUAUUCUAACUUUUAGUGCACAAAUAGGCGGGCAGCCGCUCCUUUACCCCCUCGGCUUGUUUGAUCUCUGCUGGCCAAAUACAGUGCAACUACCAUGGAGGUGAUAGCUUGCAACUAGAAAGCGCAUUAAGAACCUCUUGCGUCCAUUUCCUUUCCCUACUCGAUGGAGAGAACUGAGUGCCGAGACCUGUGCAUUGAAUUGCCUGUGGCCUUGUGGGGUGUUGGCCAAGCCCUUCGUUUAUAUGCUGGUGAUAAAUAAAAGCCGCAGCGUGAUGUGUGAGAACUCAAGGUUUCUGUUUGGUAGACAUGAUCCGCGAUGAGGAUUUAGGGUCUUGGUUUAUACACUAAUACGCAUAGUAAAACAAUCUGUAUUGAUAUUAUCAAUUAAUUCAUGAAAUAUACACGCAUUGUCAGCGUUUGGUGGAUCGUGACGCACCAUUUUCAGGUAGCUGCCUGUGCAGUUUGAUAUAUGGAUUUUUAACAAAUGCAAAGUUAAUAUCCAUGCAUGUAUUUAAUUAUAUUAUGUCGAUUUUAGUGUCUUUCUAAUAAUUAAUUUCACUUAAAAUGCGUGCCAACAUUUUUUCAUCUCCAUUUGUACUGCUUUUUAAACGCGCUGUUGUCUUUCAUGGGGUUGGCCACUGCUCGAGCCAUUUCAGUUUAACAGGAGUAAACCACAAGUGCAGAUUUUUACCUCUAUUUGAGUGUAACGUUACACCGAGGCACCGGCUGCAAGCAGGCAUUGCAGUUAAUUCGUUGAGGGCGGUGAUGAUGGCAUAGUAUAGGCCUGCACAAGUGAUAACGGCUGUGUGAAUAAUAAACGCUUUGAACUGUGGCUUAAACAAGAAGCGGUAUUUGGAAAAUAUUCAUUAAAUAUAGGAUAUCACAAGUUCAUUUUAUGGGUCAGUGUCACAGUUUUAUUUAGUUAUUUUGUAUCGUAGUAUUUUGUAUUAUUCUUUCCAAUUGUGUGACAAUUUAGACCACCAACCAUUGUUUCAGAUUUAAUAAUAUGCCGUCAUAUCUUAUAUCAGUACAUGUUAUUUUAUUUCUUACGUCAUACAAUGUAUUUGCACCGUAAUUAUAGCCAAUGCAAUAAUGUGCUGAUUUACAACUUCAACGCACAAGACGAAUAGCUUGAUUUUCCGUCAAUUUGAUUGAGAUUUUAAAAAUAAAAUAUUCUACAUUAGAAAAAAAAGAAUUAUGCUCAUUGAUUUUUUCUCCCAACUAUGAAAUAUGCUCAUAGCCCUGCUUUAUCUUCGUUAAAACGGCAUGCUAGUAUGCUAUAAUGUGUAUUAUUACGUGUUAGAGCGGUUAUCUCAACAUAUACGCGAACAAAGCAAUCACCUAAAAGCCAAAUCCGGAAAUACCGUUAUUGAAAAAUCAGACCAUAAGUGCAUACGUGCAAUUUCCCUAUAUGUUUUAAAUAGAUUAGCCUCGCAAACAUAUUAACUUUGCUAGAUAUAUUAAACAGAACAUUUUGGGCUCCUUUAACGUUAGAUAUCAGCCCGAUGCUUUUCACUGUGUUAGUCAGCAGAAUUGUGUGAAGCUAAAAAAAAAGAAAAACAGCACAUGAAGAAAAAUGUUAUUUGUUUGGUGGCCAUUUGAUAUCUAGGCCUUUUUCUCAAAGCCGAGCUGAUGCAUUUAGGUAACGUAGUGGUUACAGUGCGUUUUGGUGCUCAGCAAUGGCAUGGGCGCUUACGUGUCCUAUAAAGGAUCUCGUAACAUCGAGGGCCUCCAAAAGACCACUGCAUCGUUUGGGAUAUCCAAAGGUAACUCCACCAUCAGCAGUUACCUAUACUGAAAAACACAUUUUUCAUUCGGUUAUUUACAUUUCCAGUCUCGCAGAUAACGUUCCGACGUAAUACUCUUAAAAUUCUUCGCUUUAAAACUAAAGGUUGUUACAAGAAAACGGGUGAGUAUAAUGACCAAAGGGAUUGAUUUAUCCUUUAUUGUUCAGCCUUGAUGAUCACGUGUGUCUCCUAUCCAAUGGUACGGCAGCCUGUCUCCCCAUUACUAGCCCACUGUAGUUCUCUGUGGGGCCAAGUUGCUACUUGAUUUCUCCACAUUGUUAUUUUGUGAGGCUGGGUUUACUGCGUGUGUAUGUGUGUGUGGUGUGUGUGUGUGCGCGUUUUACUUUUGCAUGAAUCUGUUGUAUGACUGUGUACAUGUGAACGUCUAAUUUUUUUUUCUGCCAUGUCGACAUCCGGAACGUUGACUAGUUACUACGUCGACUCGCUUAUUUUGCCCGAGAGCGAGGACCUCUCCGUGCCGAGAUACACCCCCGGUCCCGGGCUGCAGCACUCCAGGCAGCCCGCCUCCAUUAGCGACCACGGCGAGCUCGGAACCUGCACCUUCCCGUCCAAACCUUCGGUUUUCGGGCCGUCGUGGAGUCACGUCCCUGCUCAGUUCCCCGGCAGCGUUUCUUCUGUGUAUCACCAUUAUGGGCAUCCCCAAGGUCCGGUCGGUGCAGAAACAGAUGGCCGCUAUCAGUUGCUGCUGGAGCCAUGUCAGGUCUCUGCCAUGGCGGGUUUACCGACGACCCAUCACUACGGAAUCAAACCGGAAGGUCUGGGGACGCGAGCUGACGGCGCGUUGCCCGGCUCCCACACGGCGCUGCUGCUUUCUGAUUACGCCAACGGGACGGCAGCGACGGCAUCCCCGGUGGAACGGGACGCACUGUCCAGUCAAGGAGGGGAUACGAGCGGAGAAAGUGAAGAGAAGCCGGCGCUUGAUCCAAAUAACCCGGUGGCCAACUGGCUCCACGCGAGCGCCACGAGAAAAAAGCGCUGUCCGUACACCAAGCACCAGAUCCUGGAGCUGGAGAAAGAGUUCCUCUUUAACACCUACCUGACCAGGGACCGUAGGUACGAGGUGGCGAGGCUGUUAAACCUCACCGAGAGACAGGUUAAGAUCUGGUUCCAGAACCGCAGGAUGAAGAUGAAGAAGUUUAAUAAAGACGGCGCGCCGAAAGAGAGUGACUGAACCGUAUAGAUUUGCAGUAUUUAGCGAGCUUUGAGUGUGGAAGCUCUUAACCCUGCUGGACCUUGUUUUUUAAACUCAUUGUCUUAUUGUUCUGUAUAACAGAAGCUGUUAGGCUUGUUUGUCUUGUUCAAAAAAAAAAAAGCAUGGGCUUCAGUUUGCACAAUUUUAACGGUGCACACUCAUUUUGUGUUUGUUAUUUUCUCAUAACUAUUUGAUUAAUACCUCGUUAAAAUGUAUUAGUUGGCCUGGUCCCUGUGCUUGUUUGUGUAAGGAUGUUUCUAGCUGUGUGUGCUCUUGUUUGUAGUUAUACUUGUUGUCUAUUUCCGAGUCCCCUCAGCGUAUAGUUUGUAAAAUGUAUUCAUUUAGCUGUUGUUUCUCCCUUACUGCUUAGAACUAUGACUGAUGACCAUGAGUUUGAAUCUAACGUUGGACUGACAUGUUGAAGUAGGUUCAUAGACCUCGUAAACCUCUUGGAAAUGCUACAACACUAAAUUAAAAUAUGUAAUAGAAGCUAUAUAACACGACACGAUUGACUACCUAUGUCUUUCAACUACCUACAAUAAUAAUAACGGGGUUUUUUUUUCGAUUACGGAUUUUAGUAGAAUUGCUUGCAUUAUAGAUGCUGAACUAUGAAUUUCAGGGAGUGACAUUUUCAAAGUAAUAUUAGUUGGUGCGAGGGAAUUAAAUAAAACACUGUAGGCUACAUAUUAAAUACCUCACGGUCUGCUGGCCGCCUGACUCUUGAUUGACAAAUGUAAUUUGUACUUUAUUUAUUAAAUAAAACAAAUUAUAGGCCUG